GACAAUGCUAAAGCUCAAAAUUUCGGAUCGAUGAACGGUAAUUUCAACGAAGGAUGCGAGAAUGUCCGAGUCGACACGCGCGUGAAGAAUAUCCCAUCGGAAGAGCCGGAAAGCUCCGGUUUAUCUUCGAUUUCCUCGUUUAUAAGUUUGGCCUUCUGACCAUAACUAGUCCCAAAUAAUUCCUCUGAUCUCUCGUCAUGUCUGACACCGUUGGAAAACCUAUCAAAUGCAAAGCCGCUAUCUGCUGGGGAGCUGGGGAGCCUCUCAAAGUGGAAGAAGUUGAAGUAGCACCUCCUCAAGCUCACGAAGUCCGGAUUCGUAUUCUUUAUACAGGUAUCUGUCAUACCGAUGAAUACACUCGCAGUGGCAAAGACCCUGAGGGUUUGUUCCCUGUCAUCCUUGGCCAUGAAGGUGGAGGAGUGGUCGAAUCCAUUGGUGAAGGCGUUACUAGCGUCGCAGUUGGAGACCAUGUUAUUCCUUUGUACACUGCUGAAUGUAAAGAGUGCAAAUUCUGCAAGAGCGGUAAAACCAAUCUGUGUGGCAAAGUCCGAGCCACGCAAGGAAAAGGUUUAAUGCCCGAUAGCACCAGUCGCUUUACAAAAGACGGUCAACCCAUUCAUCACUUUAUGGGAACAUCUACUUUCUCGCAAUACACCGUUGUCGCUGACGUCUCCGUUGUUUCUGUUGAUAAGAAAGCACCUCUUGAAAAGGUUUGUCUCCUUGGGUGUGGUAUUACCACCGCUUGGGGUGCUGUGGUCAAACAGCCUGGUAUCAAAGGAUCCUCGGUUGCUGUUUUCGGAUGCGGUGCUAUCGGUCUGGGAGUCAUUGCUACCUCUGCCCUUGUCGGUGCUAGUAGCAUCAUUGCUGUCGAUACCAACCCUGGAAAAGAAUCAUGGGCAAAGAAGAUGGGCGCUACGCAGUUUAUUAAUCCUACCACUCUACCAGAAGGCAAGAAGAUUCAAGACCAUCUUGUGGAAAUAACCGACGGUGGACUGGAUUACACCUUCGACGCUACCGGCAAUGUUCACGUCAUGCGUGCUGCUCUCGAGGCCUGUCACAAGGGAUGGGGUGUGUCUACUAUCAUCGGGGUGGCCGCUGCAGGACAGGAAAUUUCCACACGACCGUUCCAACUAGUCACCGGACGUGUAUGGCGUGGGUCUGCAUUCGGUGGUGUCAAAGGAAGAACUGAGAUACCCGGUCUUGUUGAAGAUUAUCUCAACGGCAAGGUUAAGAUCGACGAGUAUGUGACUCAUCAUCGAAAAUUCCUGGAAAUUAAUGACGGUUUCAAUGAUAUGCAUGCUGGCGAUUGUAUCCGUUGCGUUGUGGACAUGACAGUUCUUUGAGCUUGGAGAACAAUCACAAAUUAAGAACUGUAACGAUAUUGUAUACUUAUCAAUAUUCCAUCCCUAUAUUGUACUGGUGUAUCAAACGAAUAUACAAGAAGUUUUCAAAC